AUGGUGUUUAGUCAGCAGUUUAUGGGCUCUGGGGCUAGUUAUAAAUUGCUUAGGACCUUAGGACUGCUGGAGGACAAGGCCAUGUCGUUCAAUAAGGAAGACUCAUUGGAGCUAAUGCGUGCUAAGGCUCAUGAGAUACUGCAGAAACAAAAUGAGAGAAAUGAACGUUUAUACAAUCUCAGGUCCAGGGCAGUAUCUUACGCGGAUGGCCAAGAAGUUUUCAGGAAGAAUUUUAAACAGAGCAACUUCCAGUCCGGAUAUAUUGCCAAGCUGGGUCCAGCCUUCGUAAAGGCGCGAAUUCGUAGAAAGCUUGGCAGAUCGUACUAUGAAUUGGAAGAUCUGCAGGGUCGGCUGGUUGGCAAAUAUCACGCCAAGGACAUAAAGCAGUGA